GUAGAUAUUCCCCUACUGCCAAUAACCCAGACCUUACAAAUCCUUUCCUCCCCUCUCCUCGUCUCUCAUCUUAGCUUCUGCAACAUCUCCACUGUAAAAGCAACCUAAAGAUCUUCAAAACAAGAUGUUUUUAUGUAAUCCCAUCACUUCACCAUCAGUUCCUUUAACCUUAUCUCCAAAAACCUAUUACUCCCCUUCACUCUCCUCUCUCAAAACACCAAACUUUCCCAACAAAGGGAACAACCCAACAAGGAGAAAGCUUCUGAUAGUCCAAGCUAAAGAGGACUCAGCUGAUGGCCCCGACAGGCUAAUUUCCGCCAUAUGUUAUUUCUAUCCUUUCUUUGACGGCAUCCAAUAUGGGAAGUAUGUCAUAACACAGUUCACUCCGAUCCAGGUGCUGAUACAACCACUUUUCCCGGCCAUCAAGGUGUUCAAAAGCUUCCCCUUGAAUGGGUUUUUGGUGUUCUUGACUCUCUACUUCGUGGUUGUUAGGAACCCUAAUUUCAGUAGGUAUGUGAGGUUCAACACUAUGCAGGCGAUCGUGCUUGAUGUUCUGUUGAUAUUCCCCGAUCUGUUGGAGAGGAGUUUCAAUCCGAAAGAAGGAUUGGGAUUGGAUUUGGUGAUGAGCGUGGAUAGCACUGUGUUCUUGUUCCUUUUGGUUUGUUUGAUUUAUGGGUCGUCGUCUUGCUUGUUUGGGCAGUUGCCUAGGCUGCCUAUCGUUGCUGAAGCUGCUGAUAGGCAAGUUCUUUGAAUGGCCCUUAAACCUUGAACCAAUUUGUUGGUUGGAUUGUCUUGGGGAAAUUUUGGCAGCUUGAUUCACUUGUCCUAAGCAGAAAAUGAAGAUAUGCAUUAUUGAUUAUUACUUGCUUUUAUGUUUUAAAUUUGCUAGAAAUGUGUAUUUAUUCAUAAGGAUGGAUAAUGAUUAGUUGAA